AUGUCAAUAAAUGUCGACUGGGCAGCCGCCACCUCUGGCCCGGAUGGGGAAGCCCUGGCAGAGCGGAUUCGGUCAUUCGUGCACGACAAGUUCCAGCAGGUAACCCUACCACGCUUUAUUCGCUCGGUCCAGGUCCACUCCUUUGACUUCGGAACCAUUGGCCCAGACCUCGAGAUCAAAGACUUCUGUGAACCAUUCUCCGAUUUCUACGAAGAAGACGAUGACGAUGCCGAUACCUCUGUUACCUCCGAAGAGCUCAUGUCCGAGCAAUGGCCCGAGCUUCACGAAUCUCCGUACGAGGACGAAUUGGCUAUGAAUGCUGCGCAUAGCCCUCACAAUUUCAGUCACCAUCCUUAUCCUGGUGAAGGAUUCCAGCCGUCUGCGCUUCGUUCUCCUCUUGGUGAUCACCUCAAUCCGCAUUUCUUGCCCCGCGCUGGUACGCCUGGAAUCCCGGGCGGUACUUCAACACUCGGGUACCAUAUGAGGUCCCUGGGCGGUCUGUCAGGUACCCAGACCCCCCUUGCAGCGGUGGCGGGUGGUACCUCAUUUGCGAGUGGCUGGUCAGACUCAGGGAUGGGCCCUGGACACCGGCCACAUGCACCCCGUCCUAUCACAGCGUCACGUCUUGCAGAAGCAGAUCUUGACACCACCAACUCCGCAUCCCGACCCUCAACCGCAAAUACCCUCCCUUCGCAUCCUUCACACGGCCCUGCAGGCAGUGGCGGGUCAAAUCCUAACAGCAGCGAUCCCGCCGAUGCACCGCAGCUGUCUAUAGAGAAUCCCGAUGAUCCAGCCUCAGGGGACCGUUCUUUCCCCAUACCUCCGCGCAUGCGCGAGCGCCGCCCAGAGGACUUCCAAAUUCUCUGCCAUGCCAAGUAUGCUGGCGACGUGCGCAUGUCCCUUACCGCAGAGAUUCUGCUCGACUACCCGAUGCCUAGCUUCGUGGGACUACCGUUGAAGUUGAACGUCACGGGCAUCACGUUUGACGGCGUUGCCGUCGUGGCAUAUAUCCGCAAGCGUGUUCAUUUCUGCUUCCUGUCUGCAGAGGAUGCUGAUGCUCUUCUCGGCUCAGAACAGUCGCAGGGAAGCCAGAAUCCCAGUGAUGACGGGCGACCGCGGUCUGGGGUUGACCAAAAAGAAAAGGAUCAGAAGAGGCAGGGUGGCUUGCUGCAAGAGAUUCGGGUAGAAAGUGAAAUUGGUCGCAAGGAGGAUGGUAAGCAGGUCUUGAAGAAUGUUGGCAAGGUGGAGCGAUUUGUGCUUGCGCAGGUUCGCCGGAUUUUCGAGGAGGAGCUGGUUUAUCCUAGUUUCUGGACGUUCCUGGUUUAA